UUUUCUCUAAUUGGUUCCUUGAAACAGAGGCGGCGGCGGGGGGGGCGGUGUAUUCCGGGGGCGCGCCUCCCGCUCGUACCCGCUUUGGCUUUGUGUGUGUGAGACUCGUGUUGGAGCCCUAACCCGGAAAACAAGGAGACGCCCGUCCGCGGCAGACAUGGAGGAGCUGAGCGCGGUGGGGGAGCAGGUAUUCGCGGCGGAAUGUAUUCUGAGCAAGAGGCUACGGAAGGGCACGGCUGAGUACCUGGUGAAAUGGCGGGGCUGGUCCUCCAAACAUAACAGUUGGGAACCGGAGGAGAACAUUUUAGACCCAAGGCUUCUCUUGGCAUUCCAAAAAAGGGAGCAGGAGAAAGAGCUGAGGAACAAAAAGAGAGGCAAAAGACCAAGGGGAAGGCCCCGGAAAAAUGUGGAAACAGACAUUCCUUUAAAGGCAAAAUCCAGCAGCAGCUCCUCCUCUUCCUCCAGUUCAUCAUCCUCAUCAUCUUCCUCUUCCUCCUCCUCUGAUGACAGUGAUGCCGACACACAACAGCGCAACCCUCGUCCUCGGGAUUCUCACCCUGUCCCUCAGAAGAAAGCACCAGCAGUAUUGGCAAGACCAGAACUGAAGGAACCCGUUCGUAAGAAAAGAGGUAGGAAACCUCUGCCUCCUGAACAAAAGCUGCCCAGGCGUGCAAAAGGGGCAAAACCUGGUCCAAAAGGUUCCCUGAACAAACUGCAACCAGGACACAGCGUACAAGGAUUUCAAGCCCUUAAAACUCACUCCAAAGACAUGCAAUCUUCCAGUAACAACAGACCUGGAGGACUAUCGGCAGAGUUGCUCUCAAGUAUUGCAAAGAAUUCCCCAAGUCAGCCAAAUGGAAGCUCACCACGAAGCCUUAGUUGGCAAAGUUCUAUUGUCCAUUAUAUGAACCGUAUAAAUCAGAACAGUUCACAGCCCGGAAGAAAGCCAGCAGGCUCCACAUUCAAUGCAAAGAGGAGUUGCCUGGACUCAAAGAGCCUUUUUAAACCUAGGGGGGAAGUGGAGAUAAGCCCAGCCAUGCCAAAAACAUCCAAAGUUCAUGAAAGUGAGGAACAAACUCAUUCCCACACAGUACAGUCAACUCCUCCUGUGGCAGCAGGCAGCAAUGAGAAUCCAAGCCAUACUGCCCCUGUGCAAACUAAAACACAGGGCAUGCGUGCUGUUGCUGCUAGCCCCGCUGGUCAAAACACCCAGAAAAGCAAUGGGUCUCCCUCAGUUGGAGUAGCAACUAGCUGCAAAGCAGAUAAAAUUAGCAAGAAGACAGGAGUAGUUGGUCCUGCCAGGCUAGGCACUACAGAGCCCCAAGUUCAUCCUGCAACAGAAAGAGCACAACCCACAGAGGGACAAAGGGAGCUGGCAGAUCUGAGCACAGGUGAUGAUAGCAGCCUGGACUCUGACCAUGACUCUUCACUUUCUAGUCAGGACAUGGCUGUUCAGGCAAGCCAAGACUGGAAGCCUGCCCGCAGCCUACUGGAGCAUGUUUUUGUGACAGAUGUCACUGCCAAUCUUAUCACAGUCACAGUCAAAGAGUCUCCUACCAGUGUUGGCUUCUUUAAUAUGCGCCACUUCUGAUGUCAUUUAGUGGCAAUCCUAAAAUACAUCUCAUCUCAUGCUAAACCUGCACACAACCAUUUGUCCUAAUAAAUUAUGGGCAUGAAGCCCUUAUACAAAGUCACAAUAGAAUAGGACAGUUCUUUAUGCAUCAUAUAAUGACCUAUUGAGUAUGGACCUUCUUCACAUUCUGUUGACUUUUUAGAGAUGGAAAGAAUUUGUUUUUUCUGCAGGACCAUUCUGUAUCUUAUAAUCAUUUUGCUCUGUGUUAAGUCCCUUUGCCAAUUUUUGUAGUAUUGUGAGAAGGAAAUCAUGGAGAGAGUUACCCUUAUUUUGGGUGUUACCUAUGUAUAGAUUAUAACAGGUGCCACUUCAGGUGGAUCUUUGCUUUUUGUUCUAUGCUGAAAGAUGUUGCUUGUGCACCUAGCACUGACUGAAUUAAUAGGGCAACAUGAUAAGGAAGAAUAGUAUAGUGAUUUCUGUUCAUUCCUACUUUAGUUUACGUAAAUAGCAGGAAUGUACACAAAAAUAACCUUUAGGUGUUUGAUACAAGUUAAAGUGAAAAUGCCUUAAAAUAAUCCCAUGUUUGCAUUCCAGAGAGUCACGCUGAUAUCUCAGGCCACUCAAGCCAAUGAUAUUCAGGGUAUGUGAUAAGCCAGCGUUAGUCCAAAUAGUUCUGUGCCUUUCAAACUACCUGUUACAGGCUACACUCAGCAAUCUAUAUGAUGCAUUCCCUGCACUUCUGCACAUCAGUUGUUUUCAGACAGUAAAGACUGUUUGAAGGAGCACCCUAAGCCCUUAUUAAAAAGAAAAAAAAAAAAGCAAUAACACUUUCAAUUCCCUCAACUGAAGUCCAGUGCCUUAUACCAACAGAUAAGCAAUCAAGUUAUGCACACUUUCUCUUUAAACUUAUGGUUUUUGGGCUGACAGGGACUAUACCGAUUCGCCCUCUUACUGUAUAUGGUAAACUUAUUUCCCCUGCACAAAAAAAAAACAAGUGACCUUAGUAUUUAAGUACAGACCUGGAACCCACCCCUUGCUUAUUGAGAACCAUUUUUGGUACUGCUUUUCUUGCAGUAUAUUUAUGCUUUCUUGCAUCCAUGAGGUGUGUUUGGUUCUGUACAGUGUUUUCAUGGUGUCUAUAUUCUGUACCAAAUACUAGGUUCUGCUCCCGAAUCUGCUGAAAAUCUCAUUUCCAAAUCCAGACCAAAUUGCUUAAAAUGUUAUUUCUGAAACACAAUUAACAGUUUGUUUCCUAACUGAUAGAGGGGCAAGCAGCCUAUUAACCUGUAAUAUUUUGUUUCUCUUUGCAAACAGACAGACAGACGGGGCAGAUAGAAUAAAAGCCUCUCGUGCACUCCACAACCUCAUUUUGUAAUUUACCGUGUACAGAAGGAGGCAUUUUAACUUUUGGUUUUAGAGUACAACAUCACCAUGUAAAAUCAAGUGUACUUACUGAGCUGAGUAAUGAAUGUGGAGUGUAAAAUCCAGGGGCAAAUAAAGUAUUUUAAGCUUGGAAAUUCUCUUUUAACCCAAGAAUUUCUUCUCUGCUUGAUUUUAUUCCAUUGACUUAAAUAGACAGGUUUGAGGUUGUGUAAAAUGGCAAUAAAUCCUGAAUCGGGAGAAUGAUAGCUUUAUAAAUACCACUUUGAUUUUUACUGUGCAAAAUGUAAAUGUUAAUAACGCAAAAUGUGCUAAAGCUAUUUUCAGCACUAAACUUUGCCUUUCUUUCUGCCAGCAGGGAAGCAGGCUGUCCAUUUCUACCCCUUUAUUUGUAGGGAAGAACUCUCUGUAGGCUCAAUCCUGUGUUAGUAAUAGUUGGAACUUUAUAUUCCAGUAAAUAGAAAGAAAAUAUAUUUUUUUACAGUGCUUUUAAACACAGCUGAUGGUGCUGACUGUGCAUUUUGUAUUCUUUUUUUUUUUUUUUACCUUUUGUUGUUUGAUAUAUAUUUUAAUAUUUUUAAUAACUUCGCCCAUUGUGGUUUGAAUAUAAUGCUUAUAGAUGUCUAGGCAGCUUUUAAUUUAUUACUUGCAUAAAACACUAGAAGACAUUGCUAUGUAAACAGAAUUUUGUACAUGGUUUCUUUUUGUAUUGUGUAGCAUACCAAUAAAUAUUUUUGUAACCCUUUAA